UCUAAAUGCUAAGCAACCAAAUCAGUCCCCUUUCGGCUGAUAUAAAGACUUGUUAGGCAGCCCAUUUUUUUGUGACCAGAUGCGCAGUUUUGUUUAGAGAUAUUCUUGAUGCUGUAUGGAACGCACGCAUCUCGGUGAAACCGAACAAUAAUCUGCUGCAUCGUUGUUUAAGGCAGCGUUUGGUUCAGCGUCUCACGGGUGCGUUUGCGUUCGCAACGUGGAAGCCGAACCAAACGGAGUGUAACGCACCUCUGCGUUUCGUAACGCAGCAGCUUCUCGUAACGCAGCUCCCACAGCCGGUCGGGGACAGCUUUCGCGGCGUUGGCAGCGGGAAGAUGCAAGAAAUUACCCGCCCGCCAUCCGUUACACAGGUUCUUUGGCUGCUGCUGUCAAGAAAGAAUACAGGAAAGCGACAUUGUGCAUCCAUCCUGAUAAGGUGCAGCAAAAGGGUGUCUUGCAGUAUUUUCUUCAGUUGAUUGCGAUCCUCACAUUAGUGAUGGGUGAAAAGGCGGUGUGGGAUAAUGCCACUUUGAAGCACUUCAUUGAUAUUUGCAAGGAGGAGCUUAUUCUUAGAAAUAGACCAAAUGGUUGUUUCACUCGAAUUGGUUGGAAGAACCUUGAGGAUAAACUUCUUGCAAGAACCGGGUUGAAACUAGUGAGGUCACAAUUGAAGAAUAAAUUGGACAACAUGAAAAAAGAUUACACCGUGUUCAUGGAACUGAAAAAUGCUGCCACUGGGCUUGGAUGGGAUGAUGCGAAUCAAACUGUUGACUGUUCUAGCACGUGGUGGAAUGAACAUCUUGCGCGAUGCAACAAUCCAAAAAGAGGUAUCAAGUGUGUCCAUGUCAAGUUUCGAAAGCGGGGGCCGAAAUACCUUGAUGAUUUACAUCUGCUGUUUGAGAAGGUGCAUGUCACCGGUGCUUCCGCAUCAUGUCCGGGAGAUAUUUCUUCAAGUGACUCGAGUGAUGAGGAACCAGUGGAGAUUACUCCCAUUGAGAAACCAAAACCAGCCGGAAAGAAGCGCAAACAAUUGUCUAGUCCGAUUGAAGAGAAGGAGGAGAAGAGUCCAUUUUUUCGGAUGUACAAGAACACAUGCAUGAGGAUUGAAAGUGCAGCUGAUAAAAUUGGGUCAAGUCUGGAAGCAUCAUCGGCUCCUCCCCAAUCAAGCCGUGUUCCAACUAUUACAGAAGCUAUGAGAAUGGUGAAGGAUUGUGGGAUUCAAGAAAAAACUGCUUUGAUACACACAGCUCACUUAUUUAUUACUCAUGAAGCCUGAGUUUAGAGAGUUUUUAGGUGCGCUUGAAACAAAUGAAGGAAGGUUUGAUUUGAUUCAGAGGGAGCACGAGAUAAAGAAGGCCACAUAGAUCAAUUUGUCUUGUGUUUCAACCAUGUAUUUGCUAACGUUCUCGUAUGUUUGAACAAUUGUCUUGUAUGUUGGAACCAGUGUUGUUUUUAUCUUGGAACCAGUUUUGUUAUGUAUGUUGGAACCAUUUUUGUUAUGUAUCUUGGAACCAUUUUUA